AUGCGACGGCCGUGGCAAGGCGCGGAAGAAACGCCAAGUGGAGAAAAGCUAGCCGAGUACGACCCGCAGUGCUAUCUUUGCCCCGGAAAUGCACGCGCCAAUGGCACGCACAAUGCACAGUAUACCACUACAUUUUUGUUUGAAAACGAUUUUGCAGCGCUGAAACCAGCUGCGCAAGAGCCAUUGCCUAACGAGGACGGGAUUCGCGGCCGCCUAUUCCGAAUCCAGCCAGCGCGUGGACGCUGCUACGUACUCUGCUUCAAUCGACGGCAUGAUCUGACACUUGCACAGCUGACAACAGCACCAUUCAAUGCGCAGAAAAACAUUGUGCCGAUCAUCGAGACGUGGCAGCAUCUAUACCGGAGCAUACCCGAAGAGAAUCCAUUUAUCAAGUAUAUCCAGUUUUUUGAAAACAAAGGUGCGGCGAUGGGCUGCAGUAAUCCUCACCCGCACGGGCAGGUAUGGAGCUUGGACUAUGUUCCGACAGAGCCUGCUACAGAGCUUAAAAGUAUGCGCAGCUUUGCACUCGACCCAGAAAAUGCAAUAGCUCAAGGGCCACGCGAUGCGCAUGGCCGGCCUUCACUCCUGCUUGAGUAUGCAACGCUGGAAUUGAGAACAGUAGACCAGCCGCGAGUGGUGACGCUGAACGAUACAUUCGUUGCGCUCGUGCCGUUUUGGGCUGUAUGGCCGUUUGAAGUGCUUGUCGUGCCUCACCAGCGUGCGAUUCCUUCUAUUGCAGACUUGUCUGAAACUGAGACGCUGGCUUUGGCGUCCAUCAUGGGAGAAGUUGCGUGUCGAUUCGAUAACGUCUUUUCCACGUCGUUCCCCUAUUCUAUGGGCGUUCACCAGCGUCCUGUGCCGUGUCAAGGUGACGACGAUGGCGAGUUUGCAAUUCUUCAUGUGCAUUACUUUCCGCCGCUGCUGCGGAGCGCGACGGUGCGCAAGUUUUCGGUUGGGUACGUAUGCAACUAA